CGCCGCCGCCAUCGCCAUGCCGCGCGCGCUGCCGGCCGAGACGGCGCAGCUGGUGGACGACUACCUGCAGCACCGCCUGGGCGGCUCGGCGCGGCCGCCCAGCCGCACGGCGCAGGCCCUGCGGCGCGUGGCCGCGGAGCUGGAGAGCCGCGAGCGGGGCUUCUUCCGCGCGGCCUGCGCGCCCGCCGCCCUGCCCGCGCCCGGCGGGGCGGCCGCGCACCUGGCCCGCGUGGCGGCGCAGCUGGAAGCCGACGGCGGCCUCAACUGGGGCCGGGUGGCGGCGCUGGUGGCCUUCGCCGGCAGCCUGGCGGCCGCCCUGGCCGAGCGCGGCGGGGGCCGCGAGGAGGGGGCCGCCCUGGCCGAGGCGCUGGUCGCCUACCUGGCCGGCGAGAAGCGCGAGUGGAUGGAGGCGCACGGAGGAUGGGAUGGGUUCUAUCACUUCUUCAACAAGCACGGCUCCGACGCAGCUGACCAGAACAGUACCAUAAGCAACGCUAUCAUGGCGGCCGCGGGAUUUGGCCUGGCGGGAUUGGCUUUCCUCUUGGCGGUGCGAUAAAAAAGUACAUCGGUGGACUUGACUUUGGGGAGGGG